AUGCGUCUCCUGCUCUCUGUUCUCCUCCUCCUGGUCGCCUCGCUGGGUCUGGUAUCCGCCGUCCCCGCAGGCUCCAGUAUCACACCUCCGCCGCCCGUUGAACCUAUCCAGUUGUUAUCAUCACGAUCUGCUACUGACUCCAGACGACCAUGGAUUCGAGUCCGAGAUUGGGUCAUCGAGUCCAUCUGGGGCAUCUCCAAAGAUUCCUCCCAUCAUUGCUCCGUUAAAGAUUCCCCGCGCAGCCGCUCUCCUUCCCGAUCGCUUACUCGCUAUGGCAGCGAUGUCGUCGUUCGUUUCCAUCUGCGCAAUGCCGAAGAGGCAGAGGCAUUGGCGGAAGCAGCUGAUGUCCUCUUUCUGGACGUCUGGACUUCCACAUCUGAAUUUGUGGAUAUCCGAUUAGCUCAGGAAGUUAUACCCUCACUACUGGGCCUGUUGCCUGAUUCGCUUCGGACCGCCUACACCCCCCUUAUUGAUAACCUGGCUGAAAUAAUUUACGCAACUUACCCGACUCGACGACCUGUUGGAUUUGAGGACCAGCCUGGAUUCAUCCCGUCGGUGCGCCAGUCAACUCAGUUUGGAGAUCUGUUUUUCCGCGACUAUCAGCCUCUGUCGGUUAUCGUCCCCUGGAUGCGGCUGAUGGCUUCGAUGUUCUCAUCUCACGUCCAGAUGAUCAAUGUCGGGGUGUCCUACGAAGGGCGGGAAAUCCCGGCCCUUCGACUCGGGACCCGCGGCCAGACGGCCGAGCCCUACCCUCGCAAGACCAUCGUCGUCGUCGGUGGCAGCCAUGCACGAGAAUGGAUCAGUACCUCAACCGUAACCUAUGUCGCGUAUAGCCUCAUCACCCGAUAUGGCAAAUCGCAGGAAGUGACCCGCCUCCUAGAAGACUUCGACUGGGUCUUUGUGCCCACGCUGAACCCAGACGGCUACGUCUACACCUGGGAAUCCGAUCGCCUCUGGCGCAAGAACCGCCAGCCCACGAGCCUGCAUUUCUGCCCAGGCAUCGACCUCGACCGCGCCUGGGAAUUCCAAUGGGACGGCGAGCGCACACGGUCGAACCCCUGCUCGGAGAACUACGCCGGCACCGAGCCCUUCGAAGGCAUAGAAGCCCACCAACUGGCGCAGUGGGCCCUCAACGAGACACAAACCAACAACGCCAAGAUCGUCGGCUUCCUCGACCUCCACUCCUACUCCCAACAGAUCCUCUACCCCUUCUCAUUUUCCUGCUCGUCCAUCCCGCCCACGCUCGAGAGCCUUGAAGAGCUAGGCAUGGGUCUCGCAAAAGUCAUCCGCCUGACCACCCACGAAAUCUACGACGUCACCUCCGCCUGCGAAGGCACCAUCACCGCUGACUCGGACGACCAGAGCCGGAGCCGUAACAGCCCACCCAAGAAACCCCUUUUUCCCACCGGCGGCAGCUCAGGCGGCAGCGCCCUGGACUGGUUCUACCACCAGCUGCACACGGACUACGCCUACCAGAUCAAACUGCGCGACCGCGGGAGCUACGGCUUCCUCCUGCCGUCCGAGUACAUCGUGCCGACCGGCAAGGAGAUCUUCAAUGUCGUUCUGACGUUUGGGAAGUUCCUCGUCGGGGAUCUUGCACAUAACGUAAAUCUCGACUGGGACGCGGAGCUGCAGCGCACGGAGCCUGAAGAUGCUCCUGUAUCCCAAGGCGAGGAGCCAGCGUCAGCCACGCAGCAAGUCCUGCAAGCGGGUGUCGAUGAUGAGGAAACGGAGUGGGUUGAGGAAGCACGAACCGAGUUUCGACGGCGAUAA